AUGGCUGCAGGGGAAUGGCAUUGUGAGAAAUGGGAUUAUCUAAAGAAUGAAUCUUUUACGAAAGGCAUCGGUAAUGUGCCAGAAACUGGGUGUCUCUCUAUCAUUGUUCUCAGUGUUUCUGGUGAUCUUGCCAAGAAAAAGACGUUCCCUGCGUUGUUUAACCUUUAUCGUCAGAUUUUAGUAGGAUUCCACCGCUGGUAUACAGGUGAGGAAUCUCGCAUGCUCUAUGCCUACGAUGUGAUUAAUGGUUUUGCUGCUUAUUUAUCACCUGAGGAAGUGAAGGCAAUGGAAAAGAUUCCUGGAUUCUACUUGGCCAAAGGUGGUGGAUUGGGUUCGAACAAAAAAAUGGGAUUCCAGAAAGGUAAAGGUGUGAUUACGACAGUAUCAAUGAGUGAAUCAAUGAGGAAAGCAAGGUCUCAUAGCAAAACACAGGAGGCAAAUUUAGGUGAAGAAACCAACAGCAGCAACUGA